AAAUGUCUGGCCUGUUGAAAUUUUUAGCAAAAACUAUCCCAUUAUUUGCAGUGUCGGUUUAUUUUCUACGGCAAUAUCAAGAUGCUGACUUAACAGUCCAUUUUUACGAGAAGUUUGGUUUGCAACCAUGUGUUGCACUGAAAGAUAAAGUAGUUUGGAUCACCGGUGCUUCUAGCGGUAUCGGAGAAUACUUAGCUUACGAACUUUGUAAAUGUGGUUGUAAGAUAGUCCUUUCUGCUAGACGUGAAAGUGAACUACAGAGAGUAAAGGAAAAAUGUGCAGCAUUAGACAUUGAACAAGAAUUAUUGGAUCUUAAUACUGUUGGUACAAUGUCGAUGACUAAAGCUGUUUUACCUGUCAUGCUGGAAGCAAAUAGUGGACAGAUUGUGGUUGUCAGUAGUGUGAGUGGUAAAUAUGGAUGGCCUUACCAAGCUGCAUAUUGUGCCAGUAAAUUUGCUAUUCAUGGUUACUUUGAUACCCUUCGUAUGGAGUUGAGUGAUUCCAACAUCAAUAUUCAGCUUCURUGUCCAGGACCUGUGCAUUCAAAUGUGGCAGCUAAUGCUUUUACAUCAAUCAAGGACAAGAGCUUCAAAGAUUUGCUGUCAUAUACUGACAGUGGUGUGAGAAUGCCAACAGAACGAUGUGCCUAUCUUAUGGCUGUGUCAAUGGCAAAUAAAUUGGAUGAAGUUUGGAUUUCAACCAACCCCAUGCUGGCUUAUACUUACAUGUGCCAGUACAUGCCAACAGUCUUUCAACGGUAUUCAAAAGAUAACUUCCUCAGCAUUACAAAGAAGAAGUUCUUUAGUCAUUGAUAUUAAAAGACAAAACACCACUGCAGCAAUGAACCAGCGUAAUUUGUGUGAAAACAAUAAAAAUGCGACUACUUGUUGGUCAUGUAACUUAUU